AUGGCAUCUGAUCAAGAGAACGGACACGAGUGUACACCUCUACUCCACCAGAGCCGAUUAUCACAGCUCCAACACGCGCAAGAUGAAGAGGCUUCAUCGGUCAUCGCGUCCACUGUAACCAAGGAAGAACAGCAGUUAGCAGGUAGUACGGUUGGAGAACGAUUACCAUACAACGAUUAUACUACAAUCGACUGGCUACACGACUUGGUAAAAGACUCGUACCGCUUUCGUCACAUCCAAUCUCGACGCGGUAUCCGCUACAAGGCUCUGGCUCUCCUCGACGCCUGCUCAGGAUGGAUUGCUGUCAUUAUCAUCGGCACACUUACUGCGUGCGUCGCUUUUCUUGUCGACAUCGCUGUGGCUACUGUUUCGGACUGGAAAGUCGGAUAUUGCUCUGGCCAUGCAUUCCGGAACCGCGAAGCUUGCUGUUCUCAGAGGAAAGCAAGGGCCCUUUUUCGUACGAGUAAUGUUGAAGGGUGUGAGAAUUGGCAUGAAUGGACAGGCGACUAUGCGUCUAGUCUCGCCAUCUAUGUGGCUAUGGCAUUGGUUUUCGGUAUCGUCAGUUCAGGCGCGACUAUGUUGACCAAGACUGCACUUCCAUCUGCUUCAGACACGCCAGGUUCGACCACAAAAUCCAAUGGCCAUGACAAUGAUAUCCCAGCAACCCCCGCAACAGCUCCCAGCGGCAAAGUUAUGUACAUGGCCUCCGGAUCCGGCAUCCCUGAAAUAAAAACAAUCCUCUCCGGUUUUUCCAUCCCAUCCUUUCUCUCCCUCCGCGUUCUCAUCGUCAAAGCCUUCGGCGCCAUCUUUGCCGUAUCGACUGGUAUGUGCCUAGGAAAAGAAGGUCCCUUUGUCCACAUCUCUACCUGUGUGGGUUACUUAGUUGGCCGGUUGAUUCCAAAAUACCGGGAUAACGGACGUAAAAUGCGAGAAUUGCUCAGUGCCGCCUGCAGUUCUGGCCUUUCGGUCGCCUUUGGCGCACCGAUUGGCGGAGUGCUUUUCUCCUACGAGGAAAUAUCGACGUAUUUCCCAAGGAAGGUGCUGUGGAGAGCAUUUUUAUGUAGUCUUACGGCGGCUAUGGUACUCAAAGAACUCAAUCCUACGGGAACGGGUAAAUUAGUUCUUUUUGAGUCCAAUUUCGAGACGGAGUAUCAGGCUAUCCACUACCUCGUUUUCGUUUUGCUGGGCGUAGCGGGUGGUGUUUUUGGUGGUCUCUUCUGCAAGUUCAACUUCCUGUGGUCGAAGUGGUUUAGAAGCUUUGGGCUUAUUAAACGGUACCCUGUGCUAGAGGUUGCAUUGGUCGUGUUUGCGACUGCGCUUCUUCAAUACCCUAAUCCACUAACGAGGGAACCUGGAGACGUCAUCAUCAAAAAUCUGCUUGUGGAUUGUGGUGAUGACGCUUCAAGGGCGUCUUGGGUCUGUCGGAAUGAGAGUUCUGAUAUAGUGGGAGAUGGAAAGACGAAUUGGAAGUUUGUGGCUUGGCUAACGUACGGUACUCUUGCCAAACUCGUUCUAACUACCGUAACGUUCGGCAUCAAAGUUCCCUCUGGCGUCAUCAUCCCCGCGCUGGAUGCUGGGGCUUUUUUCGGGCGGCUAGUUGGUCAAACUAUCGGUUCGAUAAGCCCAGGUAUCUUCGCCAUGGUUGGUGCUGCCGCAUUUCUGGCUGGAGUAUCACGUAUGACGAUUUCACUUGCUGUUAUUAUGUUUGAACUAACCGGCCAACUUUCCUAUACUGUUCCCUCCAUGCUCGCCAUCCUAGUCGCAAAAUGGACUGCAGAUGCCAUCUCAACAGAAGGUGUAUAUGAUCUCGCUCAAACACUUCUUUCCCACCCCUUCUUGGACCCGGAUGUCGCUCUAUCAAUCGUCCGGCAACACAAAGCUUGCGUCGAGGCCCUCAUUCCGCCUCAACGCACCAUGUCCGAUAUUACUGUCUUGGUUCCUGCCAACAACAAAGUAGCGUUGGACUUGCUCAAAGAAAAGCUACAUGCGCUGAGGGAGAGGGGACUUAUGGAUGCGGGUCUCGUUCUUGUGCAGAGAAACAGUGGUAGUGAGGGUGUGGAAGUGCUGCAGGGUUACAUUUCACAGUCGGAGCUGGAAUUUGGGUUGACAAAACUUGUCCCCAGUGUGCUCGUGUCGGCCCAAGAGGAUGUCCAGGUUAGAUUGUUGGGCCAGGAGAUUGACGAUCCAACAAGUCCGACAAGCUUGGAGAUGGAUCUAACGCCCUUUGUGGACCGAAUGCCACUGACUAUCUGUGCGAAAGCGCCCUUGGAGUAUGCCGUCGAGAUGUUUGCCAAGCUAGGAUUGAGAUACCUGAUGGUCACCGAGGAAGGAACGGGGCGACUCGUGGGCGUAGUGAUUAAGAAACGACUAGUAGGGUACCUUGAACAUUUGAAAGAACACGGAGAGAAAGACAAGUAA